AUGCAUUGGGCUUCAGCUUCCGCCGUCGUGUUUCCGGCACUGUUGGCGCUCUGUGCAGGCCAGCAGCAGCAACCGCUAUCCGAGGUCGGCCACUCAGGCUCAUCGGCUUCGACGUCGCAGCAUGCCGGUGCAGUGGACGCUCCAUCUUACCGGGACAAGCUGCUUGAGCUGCUUGAGGCACUGGUUUCCACCCCGUCGUCCAACGGUGAGGAAAACGAAGUUGGCCAGUAUCUCGUCGACUAUUUGGAGCAAGAGGGAUACCAAGUGGACAUCCAAUUCGUCCCUCCACCCAAGGACCAUCCAAACGUGAAGGACAGAUUCAACGUCUUGGCCUGGAACGGAGCGAGAAAGUCCAACUACAAGACGUUGGUAACGAGCCACAUUGACGUGGUCCCUCCUCACAUCCCAUGGGAGAUUGAAGGCGGCGAAAUUUCAAAGCACACAAUCAUCAGGGGCCGUGGCACAACAGACGCCAAAGGCAGUGUUGCCACUCAGAUCUUGGCGGUGAACCAGUUGCUCUCCACAAACAAGCAUGUCAACCCUGAGGACAUCAUCCUGCUCUUCGUUGUUGGAGAGGAAACAACCGGUGAUGGAAUGAAGUCCUUUAGCGACUCGCUCAAGAACAUGAGCCCGCCUCUUACUUUCGAAUCUGCCAUCUUCGGCGAGCCUACUGAGAACAAGCUGGCAUGUGGCCACAAGGGCGCUCUCUUCUGCUCUGUCGUGGCCAAGGGCAAGGAUGCUCACAGUGGCUAUCCCGAGCUGGGCAAGUCCGCCAACGAGCUGAUGAUUCGAGCUAUGAACAAGAUCUAUGAUGCAGAUCUAGGCUCCAGCCCUCUCUUUGGCAACACGACGUUCAACGUUGGCCGAUUUGAUGGCGGCGUUGCUGCCAAUGUGAUUCCUGCUAGGGCUUUUGUGGACGUGGCAGCCCGUGUGGCCGUUGGCUCCGAGAAAGACGGCCAAAAGGUUGUGCAGAAAAAGAUUUCAGACAUUUUGAACGAAGUCGACGACAAGGCCUUUACUCUUGACUGUACCCACGGAUACGGACCUUACGAAUGCAACUGCGAUGUCCCAGGGUUUGAGCCGAUUGUUGUCAAUUACGGCACUGACAUUCCUAACUUGGACGCUGACUACGUGCGAUAUUUGUAUGGGCCUGGCAGUAUUCUUGUUGCUCACGGUGAUCACGAGUACAUCACCGUUGGCGACUUGGAGAAGGCAGUUGAAGACUACCAGAAGCUAAUUCUCUAUGCUCUGAACCAAUGA